UUAUACGUCGCAUUUAUAUAGUCGCUUGCAGACGAAGCAAGGUAGAGGGUGUGUUGCAGUCUCUCUCCCACCAGGGUUCAACUUUCUCUUUCAACCACGCAAAUUUGUUUUUCUUCUCGACAACAUUAUCCAUAAUCAACUGAAAAUGGCGGAAGAGAACACAUCUCUCGGUAUGUCACCGACUGACCCGACAGCUCCUCCAUCGUAUGAUGCAACGCAACAAGAUGGAUCUCCGCCAUCUUACCAAUCCAUCUUUGGCCAGAUCAAGAGUGAGAAAGAGAAGAACGCCAAUCCGGUCGGUUUCAUCGGAUCUGUCGUCAAGAUUCUGCUCGGCACAUUCAUCGUGACAUUAUUUAUGGCAUUAAUGCUCGCCAUUCCCAUUACAAUGGUCGCAAUUGGAGCCGUAUAUCUGGACGACUGCCCCGCAGAAAGAUUCAUCCCUAUUUAUUUGAUCACCAUGGGGGUGGCUUACAUAGUAAAGUCAUUGAUCGAUCUGAAGGGGAGGGCUCAGCGCUCUAGACUCCCCAAGAAGAACAGGCCGACUUCAAACCCAACAAAGUGGAGGGCGGACUCAGCCAUCUCAUCGGAGUAUUCUGCUUCGCAUUUUUCAUUGCCGGAAAUGUAUGGAUCUAUCGAAUCUACAAGCCAAACACCACGGUCAGUUCUGAUGCAGACUACUGCAACCCAACGCUCUACUACUUCGCCUUCUGGGUGACAACUGUCUGCUACAUCAUCGCCGCUUUCUUCUGUUUCUGUGGCUGCUGUAUCGGCUGUCUGGCCUGCUGCGGCGCCACGGCCACUGCGGCCAAUGGGGCUGCAGAAGCAAGCACUGAAAAGAGAGACAUCCCCUAGAUGAAUCUUGAUGACAAGGACGACGAUGACGAUGAUUAUGAUGUCGAAUAUGAUAGAUGAUGCUGUUGAUGGUGAUGACGACGAUGAUUCCUGCACUUAUGUAAAUGGUGGCACCAUACUUAUACCCCCAAAACGCAGUUUAAUAGUACAGUAGUGCGUUUAUCAUGUCGCAUGGUGCUACCCAUUUAUUCCCCAACCCUUUUAUUUAUUUAUCAACAUUUCUGGAUUUCGAUAAUGUAUUGAAAUUUUGGUGGGUGUUUCUUUUUGGAGGGGGUGGGGGCAUAUGCCAUUUUACCCAAUGCUGGAUAUAAUUUAUGCCACAGAUAAUUACAUUAACAAAUUCAUUGUCUGUGUUUGCGUCACAAACGUUUUGAAAAUAUAAAUUGUCUUCAUAUGCGUUUUCCAUUCAAUAAAGAAAGACGUAGGCGUUGUGUGUUAUUGACCCAACAGAUUUUUAGAUGACUCAUUCUUAAACAUACUCUCAGUAUCUACACAUCAAAAACACAAAUUAGCGAUUAAAACAAUAAAUAGGGUUAGUCAUUAUAGCUUGGUAAAGUGUUUCGCCCUGUGCCCUCUACGGGGAGAAAUAUAAAGUACGCCUAAACGUUCUUUUACAUGGUGAAACAGCGCCACCAUGUUGGUGGAUGCUGAGUCGGGCCAUCCAGCCAUUUAUCUCUUAUAGGAUGUGUACAUAUUGUGUAAUGUUUAGAUUAUCGUACUUCUAAGUUCUUUUCAUAUGGAAAUAAAUUCAAAUAAAUUCAAAUGUAACAACUAUCAGGCUGUAUGUUUACAGGCAACGAGGUUUGUAUGGGUUUCUAUCACUCUUUGAUGUUAACACAAAAACACCUUUGAAUGAAGAAGUCUGUUAAAUAUAUAAAAACUUCGUAAAGACAUUUCAUUCCAGACUGUUAUAGUGUGCUCCUGCUGUUUUAGACGGUGACAAGUCUGUAGGUCGGUGUUAAAUUAUAUUUGUUCAUAGGCUAGUUUUUCUUUCUUCGGUUACUACUGUCUUAGUCCGAGACGAUAGUGCGUAUGGGGGCCAGAGUAUAAGGCCUAGAUAUUGUUACUUUAACGUCGGAUAGAGUAUGGACCCCCUGUCAGGGCCAACUAACUCUGUCGAAAAAUAUACGUGGUGUUACCGUAAACCUCGCUCAGAUCAGAUCUAUCCUCACCAUCAUGGAAUCCUUCAAAGAUUAUAUAUUAUAUAUACAUAUAUGAUUAUUUGUAAAUAUAGUUCAAUAACUUUGAUAGAUUUAAAGUGUGAUAUAUUCCCAUCUCUGUUUUAGGUUGCAGUGAAGAGAAACUCGGCUAAAAGAGCUUGGGCUCUUAUCAAAAGCAAAUAUGAUUUGAAAUACAAAAAACACACAUACAAACUGCAUGACAACAUCACCAACUGUGAAACUCUAAAUCUUGGUAUCAUGAAUAAUUUACCCCUAAUCGUUUAUGUCAUAUAGCUAUUAUUGUAUCUGUGUAUAUAAGAUUAAGUUAUAUACUAUGACGAUGCAGUGCAUGCAUAUUAUAAACAGUUGUGUGACGUCAAAUCUUUUAUGAGCUAAGUUACAACUUGUGCAGUUUUAUGAAAAUUAUUUCGUUUGGCUUUUAUCCCUUUUCGUUUCUUUUAAAUGUAACAAUAUAAAAUAUGCAUGCUUUGGCGAUAAACAAAUGGUUUGCAGGGACAUAAUCCUUUCAAUAAACAGAGGUUUUGUAGAAGAUACGAAUAAUUUCUGUACGAUUGAAUUUUUUUAAAUGUCGUUACUCUUGCAAAGUUUUCACAAUCGUAUUUGUAUUUAUAUGUUAUUCCACUUACAUUGGCCUUUUCCUCUUAAUUCUGAUUUUAUCUCCUUCAUAUAAAAAGGCAUUUUGUGUUUUAACAGUAACUGUACAAGUUCUUAUUUGUUUGAAGAAAAAAAUAUUAAUCAGGCUUAUUGAAUUUUGCUUGUGAUUUCCCAAAAUAUGAAUAUUCGCCUGUGAAGUAGUAACUACAUAGUUUUGGGGGAAGAAAAAAAAUCGUGAAGGUGUUGGAACUUGAAUAAAGUAGUAUUUUCGAUUAAUAUGCAACAAAUUAUUGUUCAAAUCAAAAGUAUAUUAUAUUCUUACUAAUGUGUAUGUGUAAUCUAGAUAUUUUUUUCGUAUUCGUAUUUAUUGUUUAUUGAUGAGUAAAUAAAUGUUUGCAUUAACAAUUUUCGUGGA